UUUUCCCAGAGCACAGCGUGCCUCAUCCUAAUUGUCUUCCUGAAUUCCUUCCAGGGUGUACUGUAGGUCAGCGACCGCAGGGGUGAUGACUUGAUUCUUGUAGAACCGGGUGGGAGCGCCGUUCCUCCCGAGACUUCAGGCCCCUCACCCUGGGGCUGGGUGGCCUCUGUCAGCUCUGCCUGCCUGUCCCCUAUCAGAAGCCCUGGGUGCUCUCCCAGGGCAGAGCUUCUCAAAGCCUAGUGUACAGUUCACAGAAUACCUUCAUGGCAAUCACCUGGGAAUUUUUUUUUAAAUACAGGUUUCAGAGGUUUCAGGUUUCUCAAUUCUAGACUUGUUAAAUCUGGAAUUUCUGAGCAUGAGGGCUACAAAGCUGCAUUUUAAACAGCUUGCUGCUUGAGAACCACUGUCACAUGUGCAUACUUUUUUCUAAAUUGCCUUGACCUCUGCUGCUCCUUUUUUUUCUCUCCCCUCCAUCCACCCCGUCAGGCAGCAGCCUCCCAAGCCCUUUCCCCACCCCCGCCCGCACUCCCUGCAAAUGGCCAAAGGCUCCUUGUGAGGCAAUCCCUCUAUCCUUGGUGCCUUCCUUUACACUAUGAGUGAUGGCUUUUUUAUCUCCUGAUGAUGAAACACAGCCUUCGGCUGGAGGCAUUUAAGGCGCAGGACGCACGGUCCGGCCGCGGCUGCAGGACCCAGAGGCCAACCCUGACAGGCCCAGGAGGAGAGGAGCAGAGGCCAGAAGCACCACCGCCAGCCUCCACGCCUGCCCCCACCGCCAGGGAACCAUGCUCCUCGCCACGUUCAAGCUGUGCGCCGGGAGCUCCUACAGACACAUGCGCAACAUGAAGGGGCUGAGGCACCAGGCUGUGCUGGCCAUCGGCCAGGAGCUGAACCGGAGGGCCCCGGGGGGCCCGACCCCAGCUGCCUGGAUUAACCAGGUUCGGCGUCGCGGCUCCCUGCUCGGUUCUCAGCUGGAAGACACGCUCUACAGCGACCAUGAACUGGCCUAUAUCCAGCAGGGAGAGGAGGCCAUGCAGAGGGCCCUGGGCAUCCUCAGUGACCAGGAGGGCUGGAAGAAGGAGAGCCAGCAGGCGAAUGGGGACGAAGUGUUGAGUAAAGUGAUCCCAGACGUGGGCAAGGUGUUCCGGCUGGAGGUGGUAGUGGACCAGCCCAUGGAGAGGCUUUACGAAGAGCUCGUGGAGCACAUGGAGGCCAUGGGCGAGUGGAACCCGAAUGUCAAGGAGAUCAAGGUCCUGCAGAAGAUUGGAAAAGACACAGUCAUCACUCACGAGUUGGCCGCAGAGGCGGCAGGAAACCUUGUGGGGCCCCGAGACUUCGUGAGUGUGCGCUGUACCAAGCGCCGGGGCUCCAUGUGUGUGCUGGCUGGCAUGGCCACACACUACGGGGAGAUGCCCGAGCAGAAGGGCGUCAUCAGAGCUGAGCACGGCCCCACCUGCAUGGUGCUCCAUCCCCUGGCUGGAAGCCCCUCAAAGACCAAACUCACCUGGCUGCUCAACAUCGACCUCAAGGGAUGGCUGCCAAAGACUAUCAUCAACCAGGUCCUCUCGCAGACCCAGGUGGAUUUUGCCAACCACCUGCGCAAGCGCCUGGAGUCCCGCCCCGCUCUUGAAGCCAGGUGUUGAAGACCAGCCUGCUGCUGCUAACGGCUCCCAGCUGAGCACGCUUGCAGGCUCACGAGGAGGUCUCUGCUGGAAGCCUACAAGUCUGUUAAAGAUCUUCAUCCAGGGACAGUGGGAUGGGAUGGUGGUGCAUUUCCAAUAUGAUACUAGAACUCAGAUGGGUAACAUUUUAGUACCAAGAAAGUGGGGACAAGGCUCUUUUAACUUCAUUCACUGAUUAGUUGUAAAAUGAAGCCUAGGAGUCCCAAAAUAUUUGUAAAACUUUUUUUUCUGGGUCCUUACUUGUCUACCUAGAAACAUCUUUAACAUGCUACCAGUUAACGAACGCAGGGUGCAGAGGGUGCAAAAUACAAGGAUUAGGGCCGCAUGCUCGAUGAGCUCGAGAGCGCCGUUCCCUGUGGGCCACAUGUGCAGACACAGCAGGUCUUACACAGGGCCUCCUGAAACCCUCUGCUCCUCCACCAAGAUGGCAGAGAACUGCGCCAAAGAACAAGCAACUCCCACAGCAGAUACUGUCCGGAACUCUAGUUCAAGUUAUCUUAAUGAAAAAAUACAACACUAAUUAUCAGACUUAUUCCCCUACUUCUUCCAUGAGCAGUAGUCAGAAUAAAGAAUCGUAACUAACACAAAAACUUUAGUCUGUACCUGUUUUAAAAUUCUACUCUUAAAAUCCAUGCUAGCAAAUUGCAACUUCAUACUAAAGGAGUCAUGGAUGAAGACUUUAAUUAGUUAAACUAAGUCCCCUACCUCAUUCAAAGGAAAAACUCCAGGGGACUUAGGUCAUUCAAUCAUGGAGGAUCUGUCACCAGAAUCUUUCAUAAAAAUUUAAUUUACAGGAUAAGCACAAGACUAAAUCAGUUCUUAAAAGAACUUUAUAGCUGGUAGCUGAUUAACGGGCAUUGGAAGAUGAAGAUUAUGACUGAAGAUUUUUAUUUACCUAAUUAAAAGGAUAGAACCAAAGGCGAGUGACAGAAUGGUAUUACUAAGAUAAAAUCAAACAAAAGCAAAUUUUAUUACUUUCCCAUUAGUGAUUGUUUAGACCUAAAAAGGGAGCUGAAUCUUUAGUUUGGAGUCUAUUACAUUUCCUCUUAGCUUGACUCGGGGCUGCCAAUUUCUCUGCUUUAACAGGUCAAUGUUUUACUAUUUUGGAGGAGAUGGCUGGAAGAAGGGGUGAUAGGGUGACAGCAAAAUCCCUUUCCAAGAUUCAGAGAAUUGGUGCUUAAAAAAAUGUAAGUUGAGAUGGGGUUAUUUGGCUAAAAUGUAUAAGUAGGAUGAAAACCUAACCAUUAUCACUUGAAGCUUUUCCAUUCCAUAAUCACUUGAAGCUCUUCCAUUCCAGUGCUAACAGCAUUGAUGAUUUACACCAUUUGGAAUUAGAAUUCUAGCUUAUUUAUUAAACAAAUGAGCAGUAGCAGGAAUGCUGUUAUAAUUUAUUGAGGUACUGAGAAUUUACAACUGAUAGAGAUAUUUAUUAAUAUUUAUUCUGAUUGUUUCUUAGUAGUCUAUUUUUGGCAUAGAUGAAAUUAUGUUUAUCCAGCCAGGAGCUUCAGAGUGAGAUGGGAUAAUUGUAAAAGUGUUUCCAGAACAGAAUUAUCAUCUACUCCCAGCUAAGAGGAAGGGUUACUUGUUGAAAGAUGUGUAGAGCAACAUAUGCUCCGGUUUCAAGAGAACAGGCUGAGAGUAAAGAAAUGGGCUUUCAACACACACCAUGGUUUUGAGUUUGAUUAUAAUUUGCCUUUUUCAAACUAUGCAACUGUGUCUUUGAGGUACCUGGGGAGAUAUUUUCUCACUUGUUUAAUUUUACACUGGAAUAAAAUGAAUUGUCAGUGAUGAUCUGCUUACAGAAACCAUUUUAUAUAGGACUAUAAGAAGAGUGGGUAUUCUUUGAGCCCUUCAAAUGAAUCUAAUCAAAACACACACACAGAAUACGCAGUAUAAACAGGCAAAAAUCAUUAUUUCUGUAACCUCCAAUUUAUGAAAGCGAAAUGCACAAACCCCUAAUUUGAUCAUUUAAAUGGAGAGUGGGUGCAUAACUUACAUGUGUGGUAAUUCAUGCUACAAAGAAUUCAUCUCCAGCUUCCUCUAGAUAACACCAUCCUCGUUUACUUAGAGUUCUUCAAACCCUGAUGAUCCAGAAGCUUUAUAACCAAGUCUGCUCCAUAAGACCACGAAUGAAUAGACCUCAGCCUGAUUCUGUUGGGUUUCCUGUUAAGAGAGGUGGAAUGACCGAAACAAAGACCCUGGGUCUGGGUGAUUCAUUAGGAGACAAAUACAUUAGUCAAAGCUUCUGUGUUAAGAUACCAACAGUCACUUGAAAUUUGGGAAAUUAAACAGGCAUAAUAUAUGGGGAUCCUUGGCAACAUAUUACCGGACUCUUGGUGAACCACUCUAUUAACCUAGGUAGGAAGUUACACGCAGGGAAGUCUGGAGCAAUCCUGGGAGGACUGCAUUGCCACUGAUUAAAAGGGGGACAGGGAAGCACUCAGGGACCCUGGGGAAGGCUCAUUCUUACAUUCUAGUUUUUAGUCUUCUGAAAACUGUCCUUUAAUCAUCAUGUAUUACAAAGGAAGAUAAGCAAGGCAGGAAGAUAACCUGCACAGAUCAACACACAAGUUCAAAGGGAAGAGCUGGAGGGAGACCAUUUACCCUUUUAAGUUCCUGUUCACCUUUUUAAAAAAAAAAAUAUUUAUUUAGGACUUCCCUGGUGGCGCAGUGGUUAAGAAUCCU